AUGGACGCGCCAUCGUCCAUUCGCGUUCUCAAGUCCGCGCGUGGUAGUGGCUCGCUCGGCUCGCUCACGCGCACACUGCGCGGCGCGUUCCUGCCAGAGGGUUACCCUGAGAGUGUUACAGACGACUAUCUGGCGUUUCAAACGUGGGAUACCCUCCAGGGACUGUCGACGUACAUCCGCAGCAUGCUAUCCACGCAGGUGCUGCUGGCAGGGCUGGGAGUGGGCAGCGCAUCUGCAUCAGCCAUCAGUGCCACGUUCCAGUGGUUCGUGCGUGACUUCACAGGCAUGCUUGGAGGGAUUCUUUUCGCCAUGUACAAGGGAUCGAAUCUCGACAGCAAUGCCAAGCAGUGGAGGCUGGCUGCUGACGUCAUCAAUGAUGUCGGGAUGCUUCUGGAUCUGCUCUCGCCCCUUGUGCCCUCCGCCUUCCUGCCGCUGCUCUGCCUGGGCAGCAUCUCCCGAGCCAUAACCGGCACUGCCAGUGGGGCCACCAGAGCGGCACUUACACAGCACUUUGCUAAAAGGCAAAACGCGGCAGACAUCUCCGCUAAGGAGGGCAGUCAGGAGACGGCAGCAACGAUGGCGGGCAUGCUGGCGGGGAUGGUGGUGGGGCAGCUGGUGGCAGGCAAUGUGGUGCUUCUGUGGACCGUCUUCCUCGCCCUCACCGCCUUCCACGUCUAUGCCAAUUACCGCGCUGUGAAGAGCCUGUGCCUCACGAGCCUCAAUCGAGAGAGGGCUGCGCUGCUGCUGCUGGCGUACCGAGGCGAUCAGAAGCGAGUCCUCUCACCAACUGCUGUCUCUCUACAGGAGCGUCUCAUUCCCUCCCUGCCUCAGGACAGCCACGGCAGGGCGCACAUGCUCAUGGGGCAUGUGCACUUGGGAGCUCGGUUGAGUGACUUGCACGGCAAGAAACUAGACCUUGCGGUGCGGCAAGCCAUCAGACGCUAUGCCAAAGGUCGUUACCUUCUGGUGUUCACACCCACAAGAUCACCACCAUUACAAUCACAAUCUCCACCAUCGCCAUCGCCAUCAUUGCCACAUGUCCACGCCAUCAUUCAUCGAGAUGCAUCGAAUGCGGACGUGCUUCGGGCGUACAUCCACGCUCUCACAGCCCUCCAAGAGGUCUGGCAAGAGGUUCGGAAUGGAGCAGGCUCGGAUACAGGCUUGGGAGGGAGUGGAGCUUCGUCGAGGCUGUCAGUAGUGGAGGCGGCGGAGGCUCGGGCAGCUGCCUGGAUGGCGUCAGAGUAUUCGCAGUUUAUAGACAAG